UAUCUCUCUAUCUCUAUGCCUCUUAGGUGAAUGAUCAUGAUUUUUUUUUCAUUUUUUCUCUUUCCGCGUAUUGAUAAUUUUAUUAAAUUUACACAACAUAUAACCAAAACGUUCUGUAUGUGUAUAUCAACGGAAUGAAAUAGCGUUUCUAUGCGUUAGCUUGAUGUACUUACGACCAAUUUCAAGCAAAACCGAUUCACUCGCAACUUAACUGGCAACAUUAAUAGCGGUAGAAACUGUUUGAAUGAAUUAAUUUUGAUUUUAAAUUCCUUUGAUAUUUUUCGUGAUUCAUUCCAUAUUUUUGAAUUAAACAUUUUUUUUCCGUAUUUGGCAAAUAUUUUUAACGUCAACAUCUUUUAAAUCAACACAUGAACUUUUUUUUUUCAAUUCAAAAUGAAUUUAUACUUAGUGUAUACUUAAAAUACUUUCGAUGGCAACAUCGAACGUACUCUAAAAAUGCACAAUUUGACAGACUGUCAUAUUUACAUGAUUAUUGCUUAUUCAUUGGAACAACAGCUAAACGUUCAACAAUAAUUUUUGAGCAAGUUGAUUUUUUUUCUUUUCCAAAUUUGUUUUUGAAAAAUGCGAGUCGUUAUUCAUCUUCAAGAUAAUGAUGGAAAGAAGCACGAUAGAACGGCAAUUACGCUCAAUGACCAGGCGACCAUCGAAGCAUUGCAAAAAGAAUUGGAACGUAUCUUUCAGAUCGAGCCUAAAUUUCAACGCAUUUUAUUCGGUGAGAUGGAAAUUCACGAACUUUUUGGACCGUUGUCUCAGAUUGGUACUGAGGACGAGUACAAACUCGUACUUAAACAUUCUCAACUAAAAAUGUGGGAUGCUUUCAAACUAAUGAUCAACGAUAUUGAGGAGAACAAAAGAAAGGAACAUAGCGUUAAGAAGAACGUGAAAAGUUGUAUUCAAUAUUUGGAAGCACUCGUAAAAGAAAAAUUCUUUCAUGCUUACCCGGAAUUCGUAUCUAUAAUGAUAAAGUUCAACAACAAAUACGCUCAUUAUGUAGACGCGGAACACGAAUACAUCAAAAUGGCCGCAAAAUUUUAUUUUUCCAUUCGUUUCGGAAACAGUUGUGAGAAUCCAGACGUGGAAAUAGCAUUUAAGCCAAAAGAAAAGAGCGGUGCUCAAGGCGGCCUGAUUUGUGAAGUGAGUAAAAGCGGAGCUCAGCCUACAAUAUAUCAUAUUAAGACACAUUUGGGAAUUUCAACUCUUACAUCUCAUCAUGUUGGGGUCGAUCUUCGAGAAUUGUUUGUAUACAAGCUUCUAGAACUGAUAAAAGUUGCCCAAAAGUGCACUUUCUACGGAACAUCCAUGUAUCUCGAUUCGGAAUUUACAUUGCCACGGAAGAUGUUGCCGGAUUUACCCGAAAAAGUGAAGCAAAGAUGGUCGACGAACAAAAGUCGCAACUCGAUUUACUCCGUCAUAUUCUUUUCCUAGUGGAUCUUCAUUCUGCAAAUUAUGGCAUCGAUGGUGAAGGAAAUCUGUGUAUUGUCGACUUUCAGAUUGGCAACCAUCGAAGUAGUGCUGACGGGCGAAGUUUUUUGGCACGCCACAAGACUCUUGCAAAGAAGUACAUUGAGUCGUGGAAUCUAAAAAGUAACUUGGACACCGCUGAUCAUGCUAUUGUUGAACAAAAGAAACUCUUGGAAGCUAAACAUAUUGAUAGAAACUCGAGCAAACAUUCUAAAGAAUAUUUGGAUAUAAUAAAAAAAAUUGUGGUUAAUGCGGCUCAAUGAUGAUAUUAAAUCUCAA